AUGAAGACACCACAGAAAUCAUUAGAAGCUGGAUCCUCUCCUCCAGUCAAACAGCUGCUUGAUGUACCAGAGACUGUCAGCACCAUAGACACUGGGUAUGAUGAUUACCUUUACAGUGUGGCCUGUCUGAGUGAAGAAGAAAUCUGGACAAGAGGAUAUAGCAGCACCAUGAAACUCCAUAGCAUCAAUCAGGGAUCACUACUCAAGUCAAUCACAACUAAGUCAGGGGACGAACCACACGACAUAGCAGUGACAAAAAGUGGAGAUCUAGUUUAUGCUGAUAACAUUGAUGGAACUGUGAACAUUGUGAAGAAUGAGAAGAUAGAGGAGGUGAUCAAACUACAGGACUGGGUACCUCACGGUGUCUGUAGUACCACCUCUGGUGACCUCCUGAACAAUUCAUUUGAUCCACUAGGAAUCACCACAGACAGUCAGAGUCACAUCCUUACAGCUGAUUAUUACAAUAACUGUGUCCACAUCAUAGACCAGGAUGGACAGUUCCUCCGUUACAUUGACUGUGGACUGAGUAAACCCUGUGGACUGUGUACAGAUACAAAUGACAAUCUGUUUGUUGCUGAUCAGUAUAGAAAAAGACAAGUGAAGGAAAUCAAAUAUCUAAGUGAAAUUUAA